AUGCCGAUUCCUACAAGGCCUUUAAUAAGAGCUUCUAGGCUCGGGUCUCUUAUCCGACAGCCUCAGGCUCCUCGCGUCUUCUAUUCAGGCGGCUCAAAACUACCUGGUGGUACUCCCGGUGAGGCUUCAGAGCAAGCGGUACCGCUGGGUCUCUACUACGAAGCUGUCCUUAACAGGCCGCAACCUAUUCCCGACAUCAAGCCCGAAGAACCUCCUACUUCAUCGCCUAAAUCUCCCCGGAGUACCGUCAAGAAGGCUCCCGCCAAAAAGUCCAAGGAUGAGGCCACCCCGUCGUCUUCAUCCUCUUCUACCGGGCCUGAAACCUCAGCAAAGCCGGCGACAGCACAAGAAAAGGCACGUAUUAUCUUUGGCUCGCGACUCGCUGGCCCAGCCGAGAGAGCCGAGCGCCUCGAAGCCAUCCGGAACCGCAGUACGCUAAUAGCCGGCGUCUUAGUCCCCCCGCGGCCAGAAGAGCCAGACAACUGCUGCAUGAGUGGGUGCGUGAACUGUGUCUGGGACCGCUACCGCGACGAGAUGGAGGACUGGGUUAGCGCGUCUGCGAUAGCCGAGAAAGCUUUGCAAGCGCAACAAUCGCAACAAGGAGAGCCAUCCAAAGAGGUUCCACGCGCAGCCAAAGUUACGGAAGGGGGGCUAUCGGGUCCAACCAGUGCUACAAGUAUGGAUGACGAUGGCAGCGGCAGUGAGGCAAACUGGCAGCCGGAUUUGAAGAUGGCUGAUCGACCCAAGAUUGCCAAGGACUUUUGGGACGAUGACCUAUACAAGGACGUGCCGGUUGGCAUUCGAGAGUUCAUGAAGCAAGAAAAGAGACUUAAAGAAAAACAUAUCAGGGAGGGUACUUUCGGUGCUUAG